GCUAAGAUUAUUUAUCCCCACCCAUCAGUCAGCCUGUCAUAGGGAACAUGCCUUGUUGUUUGCCUACUACAGGCUCCAAGAAAAGGAGGGAAGGAGAGGAACUGUGAUUCCUAUUAGAAGCCUGUACAUCAAAGAGAAGUCAUGUUGGAAGAAUUCUGCAAUUCUGUCUUCUGGAAUGCCUCGUUCCUGGACAGACCAGAUGCUGAUUUGCCUCUGUGCUUUGAACAAACUGUUCUGGUCUGGAUACCUCUGGGCUUCCUUUGGCUUUUGGCUCCUUGGCAUUUGUACUGCAUAUAUAAAUCCAGAACCAGCAAGUCAUCGUUAACCCAUCUUUACCUUACAAAGCAGGUGCUUGUUGUGCUACUUCUAAUUACAUCAGUCAUAGAAUUGGCCCUCACCAUUGUUGAAAGCCAGGAACAGCCCACUCCACCCCCUGUUCAGUACACUAAUCCGUGUCUCUUCAUAGUUACCUGGGUCCUAGUUUUGGUAAUCCAUCACUGCAAGAGAUGGUGUGUAAAUCAGGACUCUUGGGUACUGAUUAUGUUCUGGAUUUUCUCUCUGGUUUGUGGAGUUUUCCAGUUCCAGACUUUUAUCCGGAUCCUCUUAAAGGGAAACAAUUCCAAUCUUGCUGAAUUCUGCCUGUAUUUCAUCUCCUAUGGCAUUAAGCUCCUUACUCUGAUAGUUUCAUCUAUUUCCGAGAGGACUCCAGAAACCAAAGCAUCAUCAAAUAAUCCAUCUGCCACGGCCUCAUUUUUAAGUUCCAUUACCUUUAGCUGGUUUGACAGUAUCAUUGUGAAAGGUUAUAAACAUCCCUUGACCUUGGAAGAUGUCUGGGAGUUGAACGAAGACCAGAAAACCCAAAAACUCUCUAAUAUUUUUGCAAAACACAUGGAAAAAGGAAUAAAGAAGGCCAGGAAGGCACUUCAGAAACGGUGUCAGAAGAGAAAAUCCCAGGAGAAAUCUGAAACCCAGAUGAAUGGCCCAAACAUUAGUCAGAGCCAAGACAACCUUGUGUUGGAAGACAUGAAGCAGAAAAAAAAGAAGAAAGAGUCAAUAACAGGAACCUCUCAAGACUUUGCCAAGUCCUGGCUGAUCAAAACUCUGUUUAACACCUUCCGUGGGGUUUUGAUGAAAUCCUUCUUCUACAAGCUGGUUCAAGACUUACUGACAUUUCUGAGUCCUCAGCUCUUAAAGCUGAUGAUCUCAUUUGCCAAUGACUCCUCAAGUUAUAUAUGGAAAGGCUAUGUAUGGUCUUCCCUCUUCUUUGUGGUGGCUCUCAUCCAAUCCUUCUGCCUUCAGUGGUACUUUCAGUACUGUUUCAUCCUGGGCAUGGAUGUGCGGACAACCCUCAUGGAUUCCAUUUAUAGGAAGACACUGACUAUCUCUAACAAGUCCCGGAAGCAGUACACUAUUGGAGAAACUGUCAACCUGAUGGCUGUGGAUGCCCAGCGAUUUACAGAUGUGGCCAAUUUUAUUCAUUUGAUAUGGUCAUGCCCUUUGCAAAUUAUAUUAUCCAUUGUCUUCUUGUGGCUGGAGCUAGGACCCUCUAUCCUUGCGGGUCUAGGGUUAAUGAUUCUACUUAUCCCCAUUAAUGCAGUGCUGGCUACCAAAAGCAGGAAAAUUCAGGUUGAGAAUAUGAAGAACAAAGACAAGCGUCUGAAACUCAUGAAUGAGAUUCUUGGUGGAAUAAAGAUCCUGAAAUACUUUGCCUGGGAACCUUCAUUUAUGGAGCAGAUACAGGGGAUUCGAAAGAAGGAGCUGAAGAACUUGAAGUCAUUUUCUCUGUUGCAGUCUGUUGUGGUCUUCAUCUUCAGUCUAGCUCCUAUUAUGGUAUCAUUGAUAACUUUUACUGUCUAUGUCCUGGUGGAUAGCAAUAAUGUUUUGGAUGCACAAAAGGCCUUCACUUCUAUUACUUUGUUUAACAUACUCCGUUUCCCCCUGGCCAUGUUCCCAAUGCUAAUUUCUUCCAUGCUCCAGGUUAGUGUUUCUACAGAGCGCCUGGAAAAGUACUUGACUGGAGAUGACUUGGAUACAUCCAGCAUUCGAUGGGAUGUUCAUUCUGACAAAGCUGUUCAAUUCCACAAAGCCUCCUUUACCUGGGACCGAAGUAUUGAGCCAGCCAUCCAAAAUGUGACUCUGGACAUUAAGACAGGCCAACUGAUAGCUGUGGUGGGGACUGUUGGCUCUGGGAAAUCCUCUCUAAUGGCAUCCAUAUUGGGAGAAAUGGAGCCUGUCCAUGGGCACAUCACUCUCAAGGGCUCUAUAGCCUACGUUCCUCAGCAGUCAUGGAUCCAGAAUGGUACCAUGAAAGACAACAUUUUGUUUGGAUCCCCAUUGGAUGAAGAGAGAUAUUAUCAGGUUCUAGAGGCCUGUGCUCUCCUCACAGAUUUGAAAAUACUGCCUGCAGGGGACCUCACUGAAAUUGGAGAGAAGGGCAUAAACCUUAGUGGAGGGCAGAAGCAGCGCAUCAGCCUAGCUAGAGCCGUCUAUAACAACUCAGACAUCUACAUUUUGGAUGAUCCCCUCUCAGCUGUAGAUUCUCACGUAGGAAAGCAUCUUUUCAACAAAGUCAUUGGCCCAAAUGGGUUACUGAAGGACAAGACUCGAAUAUUGGUGACACAUGGCAUUCACUUCCUUCCCCAAGUGGAUGAUAUUGUGGUCUUGGUGAAUGGUGUCAUAGUGGAGAAAGGAUCCUACAGUGAUCUGUUGGCUAACAAAGCAACAUUUGCCAAGAAUCUGAAGCUAUUUGCCAAGAAAAGCAGCUCAGAAGGAGAGGCCACAGUUAAUGAGAGUGAAAGUGAAAAUGAAGAUGACCUUCUCCCAAGUGUAGAAGAAAUUCCUAAUGAAGCAGUCUCCAUUACUUUAAAAAGAGAGAAUAACUUUCAACGAACGCUCAGUCGAAGAUCCAGAUCUGACAGCAACAGACAUCGCAAGUCCCUCCGAAAUUCCCUAAAAGUUGGUAAUAUGAAGCCAAAGCAAAAAGAAAAUGAAGAGAUUGUGAAAGGACAAAAACUAAUUGAGAAAGAAACGGUAGAAACUGGACAGGUGAAGUUUUCUGUCUUCCUGAAGUACCUGAAUGCAAUGGGAUGGUGGUUUAUCAUCUUCAUUCUCCUUGCUUAUAUGGCAAAUUCUGUGGCUUUCAUGGGAUCCAACUUCUGGCUCAGUGAAUGGACCAAUGACGCCCAGGACUACUUGAAUAAAACCUAUCCAACCUCUCAGCGGGAUUUGAGGAUCGGAAUUUAUGGAGUGCUGGGAUUUGCUCAAGGUUUCUUUGUGCUUUUGGCAAGUUUCCUGUCCGCCUAUGGCUCCUUACAUGCUUCCCAAACCCUGCACUUGCAGCUGCUAUACAACAUCCUUCGAGCGCCCAUGAGUUUUUUUGACACCACACCCACAGGCAGGAUUGUGAACAGGUUUGCCAAUGACAUUUCUACAGUGGAUGACACCAUACCUGCAUCUUUACGAAGUUGGAUCCUUUGCUUCUUGGGCAUCAUCAGUACCCUUGUCAUGAUCAGUGCCGUUACCCCAGUUUUCAUCAUCAUCAUCAUCCCUCUGGCCAUCAUUUAUAUCUUCGUACAGAGAUUCUACGUGGCCACCUCCCGCCAGCUGAGACGUCUGGACUCUGUCACCAAGUCUCCAAUAUACUCCCAUUUCAGUGAAACGGUCUCGGGUUUGUCCAUAAUCAGGGCCUUUGAGCAUCAGCAGCGUUUUCAGAAGCACAACGAAAGCUUAAUCGAUAUCAACAAGAAAUGCGUCUUUUCCUGGAUCAUUUCCAAUAGGUGGCUGGCGAUUCGAUUGGAGCUGGUCGGGAAUCUGGUGGUGUUCUUUUCCGCCUUGCUGGGCGUCAUUUACAAAGAAGAUCUGCGAGGGGACGCCGUGGGCUUGGUGCUGUCCAACGCGCUCAAUAUUACACAAACUCUGAACUGGCUGGUGAGGAUGACUUCUGAACUGGAAACCAAUAUUGUGGCUGUUGAGCGCAUCGAUGAGUACAUUAAAGUAAAAAAUGAGGCUCCCUGGAUAACAGAGAAGAGACCCCCAGAUGACUGGCCCAGCAAAGGGGAGAUCCACUUCUCUAAUUACCAAGUGCGCUAUCGCCCUGAGCUGGAACUGACAUUGCACGGCAUCACUUGCCACAUUGAGAGUGCCGAGAAGGUUGGUGUAGUGGGCAGGACGGGGGCUGGGAAGUCCUCCCUUACCAGUUGCCUCUUCAGGAUCUUAGAAGCUGCAGGAGGCCAGCUCACAAUUGAUGGACUAGAUAUUGCCUCCAUUGGGCUCCAUGAUCUCCGAAACAAAUUGACCAUCAUUCCUCAGGAUCCCAUCCUGUUCUCCGGAAGCCUGAGGAUGAAUCUGGAUCCUUUCAACAAGUACUCGGAUGAAGAGAUCUGGAAGGCGCUGGAACUGGCUCACCUGAAGCCCUACGUGGAAGGCCUGCCGCAGGGGCUGGGCCAUGAAGUGAGCGAGGCUGGGGACAACUUCAGCGUAGGGCAGAGGCAGCUUCUGUGCCUGGGUCGUGCUCUGCUUCGGAAAUCCAAGAUUCUCAUCAUGGACGAGGCCACGGCUGCCGUGGAUCUAGAAACAGAUAACCUAAUCCACACCACAAUCCGAGAGGAGUUCUCCAAUUGCACGGUCAUCACCAUCGCCCACCGCCUCCACACUAUUAUGGACUGUGACAGGAUUAUAGUAUUGGAUAGUGGGAAGAUUAUAGAAUAUGACAGUCCUGAAAAACUGCUCCAGAGGUCUGGCCCCUUUUACUUCAUGGCCAAAGACGCUGGCAUUGAAAGUUUGAACACAUCACUCUAGCCACAUCCAAAGGCUACUGACACACAAAGCCUGAUGUAAAUAAAUAAAACUACACAAAGGAACUGACUUCUGAGCUGGACCAUCUGGAUCUUCAUAAUCACUGAGUGAUAAUGUGCCCACAGGACUGAGGCAGUGAAAUCCAUACGUUCCAUCCUGGUCCUUCUGUGUUGGUUUUCUUUGAGUUCCAAAACAUAAGGGAGUAGAGGUGAUGGCACCUGCGAUAGGAGAAUGCUGAGUAACAUUCUGAGGACAGUGCCUGGCAAGUAGUAGGUAUUUAAUAAAUGCUCCUGAUUAAAGGAGUUUGGGCAUUCUUGUUUUAUGAAUGUUAAAUAUUUUGAGGGCCCAUCAAUCACCUAUUAGUAUGGGAUGUGCCUCUGACCCAAUUUAUGCCUUAAAAAAAAGGCAGAUGAUAAUUGCAAAUAAACAAUUGCUAUCUUAUUGCUUGCCUUCUCAAUGGAUGGGAGAUUUCGGAACCCUAAAUUUAAAAAAACUUGUCAAAAAAUUUUAUAUGUAAUUGUACAUAUAGUUUUUGCAUGUGAUUUAUAUGUGAUGUCCAUUAAAUACAAUUUUAAACAAAUUUUAAUGUACAAAAUACAAUUUUAAACAAUUAAAGAGGCAGAUGCUUCUAUCUCCCUAUGUUCAUAGAAUAGGGCAAGUGAAAGGACAAAUAUGAAACAUUUGGCUCCUUGUUCCCAAGAAGAGAAGAACAAAUGGGCACUAAAGAUGGCUGCAGCCAAAUGAAAUUUGCUUCAGUGCUCCAACUAUGCCCAUGUCACCAUCAAGAAGUCUGCCACCUGCAGCCAGCCAUAUCAUGACAAUUCUUGAGCGUCAGUGUCUUCACAUCUAUGGACUCCCCAAGCUCAAUGUAUGAUAGUACUUUCCUGCGUAUACUGUCUGGUCCCAGUAAGGUGUUGAAGAGCCUGGUGGGAGGCCCAAAAAGAUCAGCCGCCCUCACCCCACUUCAAAUAUUUUGGCCCGAGACCUUCAAAGGAAAAUAAGAAGCAGGUUUAACUUAAAGAGAGUAGAACAAAAACAAUAACUAGAACAAUGCAAAAGAGAUUUCAAAAUGCAAAUUUAUCAGAUGUCAACUGCAAAAACUGCUGCUGAGUAAUUUUUUUAGUUGUAUUUAAAUUUUGCCUUUUGACAAAGCAAAAAUGAAAACUAAAAAAGCAACUGAAAGCCUACUACCAUCACUGUCUCUAUCUCAGCCUCUUAAUAAUUAUAUCAAUUAUCAAGUUUCUCUUCCCUACUCUUUUUAUAUUCUAUCUCCAAAUUCCCUCCAAAAAUUUCACUCGCCACACCAAGGAGUCCUUGGAAUUGAGCUGAUGAACCUAAGAAAGGGUCUGCAUUCCCACCAUUUCCACCAGUACUUUUA